GCGCCUACUUCCGCUUCUGGCCCCUUUCUCUGGAGGAGCUCCGCGCGUGGCGAGUCUGUGUCCUCCCUGUCCCCCAGAGCAGAGAACCCUCUCUGUGUCUGGACCGGGGAGGAGCAGACGCUGGACAGGUUUCUGGCAGAAUGCUGGCAAUUCCCAGGAAGAUAUGUGGAGAACGGAAAGGUUGCUACACCCAAAUAGUGGCGCAAAGGCUAUGAUUAUGGAGGAUUGGACCUGCAAACUCCAGAACAGAGCAACCUUGUAAAAUGUGUGUGGGCAGCACAGAGACCUUGGGCAAGUUAACAGUUUCCUCAUCUGUAAAUACUGAUUUAUGGAAAGCACCUGGUGUAUGUUCUGCCCUCUGAGGACCCUGCCCUUUCCCAAAAGGGGUAUCUUAAGAAGGAAAAUAUGGCUGCUCUUUGCCGGACAGCAGAGUCCCAGAACCCCAUGCGGGUGUUUCAGGGCUUUACGUCAUUCAAGGAUGUGGCUGUGAACUUCACUAGGAAGAAUGGAGAGAACUGGACCUUGCUCAGAGAGUCUUCUACAGGGAUGUAAUGCUGGAGAACUAUAGGAACCUGGUCUCCUUGGGAUUUCCAUUUUCCAAACCUGGUAUCAUCUCCUAGUUGGAAGAAGUGGUAAGCCCACGAACGCAAAUGCAGGAGGGAGAGGUGCCAAGAAGCAGCUGUACACGCUGAACUCCAGUGCACCCAGUGAGACUUGGAGCGGAAACUCAAGUUGAAUGAAAAUGCCAUCUCCAGGCUCCAGGCUAACCAAAAGUCUGUUCUGGCUCCUUGAAUGUAUUGAGGCCUCUCCUCUCUGUACUAUUUCUGCUUGUCAUCAUUUUCGUGGUGUCGGUGUCAGAGGUCAAAGCAGUGGCUGAAAUGCAGUUUGGGGAACUCCUUGCUGCUGUGAGGAAGGCCCAGGCCAAUGUGAUGCUCUUCUUAGAGGAGAAGGAGCAAGCUGCGCUGAGCCAGGCCAACGAUAUCAAGGCCCACCUGGAGUACAGGAGUGCCGAGAUGGAGAAGAGCAAGCAGGAGCUGGAGACGAUGGCGGCCAUCAGCAACACUGUCCAGUUCUUGGAGGAGUACUGCAAGUUUAAGAACACUGAAGACAUCACCUUCCCUAGUGUUUACAUAGGGCUGAAGGAUAAACUCUCGGGCAUCCGCAAAGUUAUCACGGAAUCCACUGUACACUUAAUCCAGUUGCUGGAGAACUAUAAGAAAAAGCUCCAGGAGUUUUCCAAGGAAGAGGAGUAUGACAUCAGAACUCAAGUGUCUGCCGUUGUUCAGCGCAAAUAUUGGACUUCCAAACCUGAGCCCAGCACCAGGGAACAGUUCCUCCAAUAUGCGUAUGACAUCACGUUCGACCCGGACACAGCACACAAGUAUCUCCAGCUGCAGGAGGAGAACCGCAAGGUCACCAACACCACGCCCUGGGAGCAUCCCUACCCGGACCUCCCCAGCAGGUUCCUGCACUGGCGGCAGGUGCUGUCCCAGCAGAGUCUGUACCUGCACAGGUACUAUUUUGAGGUGGAGAUCUUCGGGGAAGGCACCUAUGUUGGCCUGACCUGCAAAGGCAUCGACCGGAAAGGGGAGGAGCGCAACAGUUGCAUUUCCGGAAACAACUUCUCCUGGAGCCUCCAAUGGAACGGGAAGGAGUUCACGGCCUGGUACAGUGACAUGGAGACCCCACUCAAAGCUGGCCCUUUCCGGAGGCUCGGGGUCUAUAUCGACUUCCCGGGAGGGAUCCUUUCCUUCUAUGGCGUAGAGUAUGAUACCAUGACUCUGGUUCACAAGUUUGCCUGCAAGUUUUCAGAACCAGUCUAUGCUGCCUUCUGGCUUUCCAAGAAGGAAAACGCCAUCCGGAUUGUAGACCUGGGAGAGGAACCCGAGAAGCCAGCACCGUCCUUGGUGGGGACUGCUCCCUAGACUCCAGGAGCCAUAUCCCAGACCUUUGCCAGCUACAGUGAUGGGAUUUGCAUUUUAGGGUGAUUUGGGGGCAGAAAUAACUGCUGAUGGUAGCUGGCUUUUGGAAUCCUAUGGGGUCUCUGAAUGAAAACAUUCUCCAGCUGCUCUCUUUUG